AUGACGGCAUCAUGGAAUCCUCCCGGGCCGGCAAUGUAUGAGGUGCUCCGUGAGGCACUGAAAAACGACGAAUACGAAUCGUUGAAUCACAUAUUGGGAGAGUUGGAGAAAUUAUUCCGUGCCUUCCCGGUAGAUUCCAUCAGGAAUGGCACCACUGCGAGCGCAACGAUCGGCGUGGCCGAGCUGAAGCUUUGGAUCGAGGGAGUAGGCCGCCUAAUGUUUCAACAAAAAUCCAUCCCCAUCAAACGGCUGGCGAUCGACACGUUCGAGGCAGCGAUGCCGUACUUCGAAACAAUUGACACCAUCGAGAUUCCGGCGUGGCCGACGCUCCGGGCGAUCGUAAGUACUCAGUACACAUCGUUGCUGGAUAAGGCGCGCAACGAAAACGACCCCGAUUGGCACCGGAUCUGGUCGAUCCUGGUACGGCUCCUGCACCGCGAUGUCUGCCAAGGUUCCACCAUCAUCAACAUUUUUCUCUCGAUCGUGGAGGCCGGAUUCCGAGCGACGGAGUUUUCCAUCCGCGAGCAGGCAUUCGACUGCUGGCGACUGUUGGUGGAAGUGUUCGCUAGGCACCGACAGAUCAACUUUCCGAAGCGCAUGCGGUUGAUCUGCAUUCCGCUCAAAAGCUCCAAAUCUAAAACGGAACUGAUUGCGCUAAAGAAGUUCGAUAUCUGGUGGUUUUUGUUGACGCAGUUACGCGAUCAUUUGGACACCUGCGUCGACACGAUCUUCGAGCCGUUCAUUUACUUCUGCUUCGGUCCAACUUUCAAAACGCCCCUGUGCUACUAUUUCGAUGAAUCAUUCAAGGAAAUGGGAGCUCCAGGCAAAACCUACCAAUCGGUCAAACAGCUCUCUGCUAUUGCGUUGAUAAAUCUGCUCGGCCCGGCACCGGAAGUGACCAAACAAUUACUGAUGCUGAAGAGUGGCAACGGUGUGUCAGCGUUACCGUUUUGUUGCUCCGAGCAAGGAAUGUCUAUCUCCGCGCAACUGUUCACCACCAAAGCGAAGCUGCUGAUCGAUUCGUGCACCGAAUGUACGGUUCUUUUGGCGCAGAUGACGCAUCUCGACUAUCUGGAGCUGAACCGGUGUCUGUGGCGGAAUUUGCUGAGCCGCGCCGUAAACUUUGACUCGAAAUGGGAGUUGCUUCUGUGGUUUAAGGAGGAUAUGAUCGCACUGGUCAAUUUGUGUAUAAAGCAGGACGAAGAUUUGGCCUUACGGGAGCUACUGUAUGAAACGUUACUGAUAGUGGCCCAGAGUGAGCUCCUUACCGUCACCGUUGGCUACGACUCACCGGAGCAGUUAAUGCUGAACUACAAGUGCAUAAUGGCUGCCGUUCUGCACCCAGACUUACCGUGCCCUGAGAGCAAAUCCAAACAAAUCGUCGAACAUGUGUUCGACUUGCAACGCUACACCCAACAGCAGGGUUACUGGGAGAUGCUGCAGAAAACGGUCCAAUAUAUGUGCAAUGCGGCCGAGAUCAAUCACUCGCAGAAUGCGGAGUUCCGGGAGAUCCGUACACAGAUCUACCUUUACCUUGCAGAUUAUCUGAUCGAGCGUAUCCGAGAUGAUCCGAAGGGAUUCGAUGCCCAUCGGACGGUCGUGAUGAACUUUUUAUUGUACCCGUUGGAAUUUGAUCAGCUGGUGCUGACGGAAAAGGUGCAGACAAAAUGGCUUGCGGUGUACCAACCGAUCGCGCAGAGCGACGUCACGACGUGCGAUUUCGCCAACAGCUUCUGUGAAACGAUUAAAGCUAUGACGGUCGCAAAGUAUUCUUUCAACCUGGGAGUGGUAGCCGCUUUCUUAUGCCACGUUAUCGACUCCGUAACAGGCGACUUCGAUCCGGCAAGGCCGCCACUCAAAGUCAUUGAGCUGUUCAAAGAUCUCACUCGGAAGGCGUUGGCGUACAAGGCGAGCCUGGAUCGCCUCGAUACGAUGGCACGCAGCUUCCGGGAGUUGCUGGGACGGAUGAGCCACAAGGCACUGUUGUCGGUGAGCAUGCCUCUUCGAACCACGGUUGCCGAGAUGGUAGCCAACGAGCAUGGGUUCGCUGUGAUCGAGAUCAAGCGAAUAUUGAAUGUUCUGGCAGGAAAGAUGAUUUCUUCGGCGAUGAUGAGUGAACUGAAGCGCCAACCGAACGAGGUGCGCUGGAACUGCAAACUGAUGUUGUCGAAUAUGCUCCAGCUGCCGUCGACGGUGCGUCGUAACUGGAAGGAGGCAGACAUUAAAAAGUGUAUCCAACUUUGUGACAGCGACAUCAGAGAAUCGGCAGAGAAAUCAGCGAAGCCCAAAGCGGAUCGUGAUGAAUUUGUCGUUAUCGAGUCGAACUGGAGAUUUAAACCGGAACAAUUGACCGAGCAUCAGCUGGAAAAGAUGAAGGAGAAGCGCACCGACAUUCCGGCACUGUACAAUGAUAUGAGCCAGUCACAGGACAAUUCCAUCAUCAAACCGUGGACACCGAGCAGAACACUUGCCUCCAAGCCACCGGAACGAACAUUGGCCGCGACUGUUGUAACUGCCAGCGCAGACAGUACGAAUGCUACAGCCCCGUUGGAGGACGGAAAAAGCACGCGGUUGAGUACGGCCGAGAAGAACGAACCGUCGAACGGCAAGAAUGAUUCCAUCGUAUCAACGAGCGAAAACACCAAUGGAAAGAAGCCGGACAAGGAGAACAACUAUGCCAACAUGCUGAGUGAUCGAGCCAGCGUCAACGAUGAGCCGACAGGCUCCGAAAGUGAAAGUACGGAACAAAAAGUUAGUUCGGACCAGACGAAGGAACGUACCCGGAACGUCUUAAAGCAGCUGCGUAUCGACACGGUGGCUGGGAAGAGCCUCGAUGUGAUGAGCAUGCCGCGAACGCGACGCUCAGAGUUGCCGGAUGCAAGGGAAUCUCGCCGUAAAAGCACCGAUCCCAAGCGUAAGGUAGAAAGUGAGAAGAAGUUGAAACGAACUGCGGUAGUAACCACAAGCGAAAUUGCUUCGGCAUCGAAAGUUGCUGCCGCUGGAAUAGUUGGCACCAACCAGAGGAUCACGCGGACGUCGAGGAAGAAUUUGAACUUUGAAAACCUAGGCAGUAAUGGCAGUGGUGGUGACUCGACCACUGAAGACGAAAACAUCGUUGAAUCUUCUCAGGGGGCUGAAAAUUCCCAGAGUGCUUUAGGACGGAAGCUGUCAGGACGGCGCCGCUCCAGACUUAGUAGAUCCACUGGCGAGCCUACGCCAGGGGCCGAUACGAAACCAUCCGGAAAAAAGGUAGAUGAUGUGCCGACUAAUCCACCAUCCACAUCGUCUCAAAGUGAACCAAUGGAAAUUGAAAAGACGCCGUCAAAAGAUCGCGCAAACGAACCACCGAUAGUUAAUCAGGAGCAGACAUCCGGUUUGAGCGAGCAGCCUGCGGUCAUAGCUGAUGCAAAGGAUGACACAAUGAUGCUCAGUUCAAGACCAGAAACCAGUGCCUCGAAAAACGUGCCUCCCGAACCGGAACGAGAACUAAAGACAAAUCGAAGCCCGAAACGUGUCACACGAUCCUCACUGGACGAAGAACGGAAAGAGGAAACAAUCAGGCAAGCAACGCAUCCACACAGUCCAAGACAUCGGUCGAACAGUUCCGAGCCGGUGCUGGCUAAGGAGACUUUAAGUCCCACACGGCGAGUGACUCGGUUGAGUGUAGAUGAGAAGGACGCCACUAUCGCCCGUACGGGCAGCCCGUCAAAGGGAAGUGAUGUGAACCAUAACCUGUCCAAGAGACCCAGAAGCCUUUCGACAUCGCCAUUCAAACCACGGGUUGCGGACGGCGCAAAACAAGCGUCCUGUAGCUCAAUGGCCAGUAUCAUAGCUGCUGCUGUUUCCAGCCCGAAGAAGAUGUCCCCUACCAGCCCGGUCGUUAUGGUUGAGCCAAUAAAUAAUGCCCUACUAGCGAACGCGAAGAAAACUCUCUCUGGCCCCAUCAACUCGGUGAUGAUGGUGCCUGAGGGGGCAACAGAUACAGCGAAAGUUUCUUCAUCCGUCUGUAAGCAACCGGCUGUGGAUGGUGAGCUUCGAGAGCCGGAGGCACUAUCACCGAUAAAGAACCUGGAUGAAACGAUGGAGCCCAUGAACCGGUCACAAAACUGCACCAUCGUGUCCUCUCCCGACCUAGAGAAUGCCGAGGAACGGGCUGCGGAUUUGCUUAACAGCACACUGAAUAUUUCGCCGAUACCGGACGAGAAGAGUUCAUCGGCGAGGGGUCCAGCAGAGGAUGGUGUUCUUGCGGGCUCGACGAGCGCGGAUCGACGUGCUCCGAGUAGCGUCAUGGACAAGGAGCGGGAACCGACUGCUAGCGCCGCUUCCGUGCACGUCUCUGCCCUAAUGUCGAGACGAUCGAAAGCAAUCCCCCAGGGCUCCUCGAUGUCCGCUGCCGGCGGAGCACCAUCUAACACUGGAGGGUUGAGGACUCGCAACCAGCAACACCCAAUGGCCGCCAGUGGAUCGACACUGCGCAGCCCGUCCACGGCCCUCUCCGUUUUGGGAGGGCGCGGGGCGCACUUCAUCAGUUUGAUCCGCGGACACCAAAAUGAUCUUUCGCCAGGCUGCAACACACCGCCACAGCGCUCUUCCACGCCCACUGCGGGUCAAUCGUCGGCCUACUCGGCUGACCGUGCGACGAUGCGAAAACGGGCGGCCGUGGCGAGCGCCACGUCGGUAACGCAGGAAGGUACCGCGUCACCGGACACGGGCACAAUGCCACUGCCGGACGACGACGGGAUGGCUAAUAGAAAGAAGUAUUUGGUCUUUUCGAAGGUGCUACCGUCACCGCAAGCUUCGCCCGCGGUCAGUAUACUGAAGCGCCGUCACAACAUUCUCGAGGACAGUGUCGACGACGGGGAGUCGCCGGCUUACAAACGGAAGCGCGUCAGCUUCCACGAUCCGCCCGUAUCGCUGACAAAGGAAUACAUUCGCCACGAUGAGGAGUGCCGGUCACCGUCGAUUAGCCGUUGUCUGCAGCUGACCCACGCCAUAUCGCCUGCCGACAAGGCCAAGUUUAUGAUGCGCCGCAAGAGCCGUUGGGACAGCAUUUCGGAGUUGGAAAGAUUCACUCGAAGGCAAGCCGGUGCCGGCGGUCAGCAGCAGCAAUCGGAGAUCGAGGGCAUCGAGCCGACCUUCGAUCCGUGCGAUGGGCAGCGAGCAGCCGGGGACGAAGAGGAGGAAGACGAGGAGCUAACAUCGUCACCCGAGUCGUUGGACGAUUCGCAGUUCAUCAUUCACGACGGCACGGAUGCGUCGAUCGCACCGUUGUCGGUGUCGCCGACAAACACGACAUUGGGCGAGGGCACGUCAGCGGAGCCGAACUCGGCAGCGCCUCAAAAACCGCCACCACCGGCAGGGAAAGAAACACCGUCCACAGUCGCAUCCGGUGAAACGAACGGUACAGCCACAGCGGUGGACAGCAGUUUGAAUUUUGCAUCGGAAGAAGCCCUGCUUCAGCACGUUCUGCAGCGUUACACUCUGGACGAGAUGGUUGCGCGCUAUGUGGCGAACGGCCAAGCACCGGUUCGCACCCUAACCCGCGAGCUAUCGGUGGCCAUGGCAAAGGAUCAGAAAACGCUUCACACCGUGCUGGGCGAGCUGUCGGAGCGCUACUCGGCCGAGUUUUUGGACCACGCCAUACAGGAGAACUUCAGUGCCAUGGUGUGCGAGCGCGUGUCAGCGACCGCCAUGUUGGACCAUAUCUUCAAAAGCCUGCGCCAGCCCGCCUGUGGCAGCGGCUCGGAGCCGAUGGUGGAUACGGAGCGUUUGCGGUUGGUGCAGAGCAUGUUCGAGGGUCUGUCCACUGUGCCCGACAUCGUCUCGCCCGACGGGCAGACGACGGUGGCUCAGAUCCGGGAGCGAUUCUUGCGCCAGUUAGUUGCACGUAAAGAGCGUCUCGAAAUGAUGGCCCUGAUCGAAGACUACUUUAAACGGUCGAACGCGCUAUAGUGCCCCGAACGUGGUUCGUGCAUGGGUCUACCAUUGUAGAAUCCCUUGUCUGAUUUUACCUACCGGUCACUCUAC